AUGAACUCGGUUAAAAAACUCAAGAGUGAGUCAACCGAGUUGCCUGAUUGUGUUAUAUCUUAUAUCUUUUCCAAGUUAAGUUUGAAGAAUUUGGUGAAAACUAGUGCUUUGUCCAAACAUUGGUAUCACGAAUGGGGAUCAAGGAAGGACCUCACGUUUGAUCUCCAUAACAUGUUUGAUUAUAAUACAAUGCCAGACUUACCAAUAGCCCUUCCACUCUUUCAACCGAUUCAAUCUCAAUUUGCCGCAAGUUUGGAUAAUUUCAUGCAGAAAUAUCCCGGUGACAUGAUCCGUUCAAUCCGACUCAAUUUUCCAUUAGAUAAUGAUCAUACUUAUGCCAUUGAUGAAUUGGUUCACAAAGGAGUUCUUAAGGGUGCCAAUCGUAUUGAGCUGCUAUUAGCAUAUAAAACUGAUUUAAAAGUAGAUCGAGAGUCGUACAAAACUGAUUUUAAAUUAGAGCCAUACAAAUUUUUAUUUCCUCACUUGUCUGGCCCUAAUUCUCUCACAUAUCUACACCUACAGAACUGCCACAUAGCAGCAACUAUGGAAUUUUCUGGAUUGAAGAAUUUGAAAACUCUUGUGUUGACUCUAGUUCCUGUGGAGCAGAAUAUGCUUCAGGAUCUGUUUUUAAACACCCAUCUUGAAAACUUGACUCUUAAUCUAUGUUGGAUCCUAUCUGACUUAAAAAUAAAUAGUACAACAUUGCUUCACUUGAAAGUUAUCUGCGGUCGUAUCAGGAAGACGAGAAAUAUUGAUAUUGUUGCCUUAAAUCUCUUAUCCAUUGAAUAUUCUUCCAAGUUUUUCUUAAAUCAAUUACACAAGGUGAAAAUUAACUCUCAAAUGUUAUCCAAGCUUACCUAUAGACAUGCUAAAAAAUUUAAUGUUGAGUUUUCUAAACUGACAAAUGUUACAACAAUUGUGUUGGAUCAUCUCCUUGAAGGUGAUGUCAUAACGCAUUUGUUUUCUAACUGUCCCAAACUGGAACGUGCCACCGUUAACAUGUGCCUGUUCACGUGUGAUUUGAACAUUAUCAGUGCAACGUUGCGUCAUUUGAGUAUAGUUCGCUGUUACCAUAAGAAUGACCGUACUUGUAAGAUUGAUAUUCAUGCUUCGAAUCUCUCAUCCUUUGAAUUUAGAGGUUACAAUCGGACGAGAAGCAUAAUCUCUCUUCAGGCUCCAAAGUUAUUGAAGGUUUUUUGGGAUGCAGGUUUUAACAAGAUAAAUGUAAAUAACUAUGCUAAAAUUGCAGGAUUACAUCAUCCUGAAAAUUUCGCUAUGCCUAUGACCCUUUCACAGAUAUCCGAGUUAACGAAGGAGUAUUUGGUUCAAUUUAAGAAACUUAGACAAUUGGAAUUAUAUAUUGCUGGAGCAUAUAAUCCUAGUAUGGACAACUUUUGGAUUUUAGAUCUUGCAAUGGCUUCUCAACAUCUCCAAAAACUUUCUCUAACAAUUAGAAAUGGACAUUCGGAGAUAUCACAUAUAGAUGGUUAG